CAGGACAAUGAAGGCAUUUCCUCCGAUAUGACGACAGGCACAUACCACCAAGUCGUACACUAUCACCAUUAUCAUCACUAUCACAACUAUCAUCACCAUCACCACCAUCAUUCGUUUCUACAUUCCAAGCCACAGCCUGAUCAGCAGCAAUCACCACAGCCACAACAACACCCACAUCAACAGCCACACCAGCAGCAAGAGCACCCUACCCCACCGUCGGCCUCCAAGAAAGCGAAAGCGCAAGCCAGACGCGCGCGAAAGGAAGCACAGCGGCUGCAGCUGCUCGAGAUGCAGCGGCAGAUGGCAGAGCUGCAGAAGCAGUUGGCUGAGACCAGCGGCAGUGAUGAUGAUGAUGAUGACGAUGAUGAUGACGAUGAUGUUGGUGUUGGGGUCGGUAAUCAACAAGGCCCAAUGUCCGAUCAGCCAUUGGCGCCAUCCACGGCUCAAGCAGCACCAUCGAGUCAGCCGCAGCCCAUCGCAGCACCUGCAUCCAACAGCGGUAGCGGCUUCCAUCGCGAUGCUGAGCCAACAGAUGGGACGGCAACAGUUGUGGUCGAUGACGAUGAUGAUGAUGAGAUUGACGCGGAUGCUUCAGUAGCUGGUGAGAACAUGGCAGUUGCUGACAAGCCUGUGGACGACGACGUUAAACACAAUCAUCACCACCACCACCACCACAAAGGCAACGCCGCCGAUGCCAGCAACGGUGGCGUUGACAUUGACGUGGCAGAUACCACCGCCGUCACGGCAUCUUACGAUGAGUAUCAGUAUUAUGACCACGGAGAGCACGGCAAUGAUGAAGACGAUGAAGAUGAUGGGUUUGGGUUCAAGACGCCACCAAACACGCUGAAGGAGGAUGGCGAGGGCGAUGGUCAGGCAUCGGCAUGCACAGCAAAGACAGACGCACCGCCCAAUGUGGCUGACGCAGCCAGUGCUGCUGGAGCGAUGACGGCUCCCAAACCAACACCAACGCACGUGCCCGGCAGCAAGGCUUCAGCACCACCGCUCGAACAUCCUUUGGGUGGGGGGUACAGCUCACACCAGCAAGCCACCACCCAACAACAACAGCAGCAGCAGCAGCAGCAGCAGCACCAACCACAUCAACAACAACCGCAAUCAUCGUCAUCAACGCCCCACGUGCCUGGCAGUAAGGCAACAGCGCCGCCAGGAUCAUCACCGUCGUCGUCACAGCACCAAACGCAGUCGUCUGCCAUGACCAAGUUUCCCACCAACCCUUCAGCUGCUGCAACCACGACAUACCACCAACACGACACAGCAGCUGGCCCUCACGUUGCCGGUGCAGUGACGCAACAGCCGAAACCAAUGCGCGACGUCACAGUGCACGUGCACGUGAUGGAGGCGCCCGGACAAAUCAUCCACAUGCUCGGGAGCCACCCGGUAUUUGGCCGAUAUUACGACGAAGAUGGCAAGGAGGUCUGGAUGCCAAACGCCGAAACACGGCUGCCAGAGCAACAAGACGACGACGACAAUGAUGCCGAUGAUGGUAUUGCUGAUGAUGAUGAUGAUGACGAUGAUGAUGAUGGUGAGGAGUUUCACGAUGCAAGGUCGAGCCCGCGGUUUGGUGGCUGGUCCAGACCAAAGCAACAGGGGAAGAAGGGGAACAGCAAGAGCAAGGGCAAGGACAAGGGCAAGGGAAAGAAGAAAGGAAAGAAGAAGGGCAAGAAGAAGCAAGGGGGGCGUGGCACCAAGGAUCGCGCUUACCGCUACUCAGCCAGUGGUGGCAGCAGCAGCUCGCGUGAGCGCUACUACACCAAGACCUUCACCGUGUCUGUGCGCGGCCCAACGACCAUCCCGUACAAGCUCGCCAAGUACUUUGAGGACGACGGCGUGUGGUCAAACAUGUACCGUCGCAUUCGAGGCAAGGGAUCACUCGAGUGGCAGCGUGGCCGUAACCGUGAGCUCGCCAUCAAGGAUGACAAGACCACGCACGUGCACGUGUUCAGCGACUUUGCGACAGACAACCACCACCUCCGUGCAAAGGCGAUUCGAUUCUUCAUCCAGCGGUUUCUACGCCGCGACGACAACGACGGCGCGCUGCGUGCCCUGCUCAACAUAAUGCCGAUGCACGAGGUCAUGGAUAACGUGUUGAGCAACGCCCCGUUUAUGGACUCCCUGACGGGGCACCAGGUGCUUCGUCUUCUCAUGGCCGUUGGCGUCAUCAGCGUUGUUGGCGAGCUGCAGUCACGGCAGUGUCGUCCCAGCACGCGCGUCCUGAUCCAGAGCGCGCUCGUGUCUGAUCCCAACACGAUUCAACUUUUCUCUGCCAGCAACCCCAACCUGCUGCGAAAUCACCUGCAGCUGCUGGCUGCCCUCAUCAACACGAGUACCAACAGCACUUACUCCUACGACAGGGACGCCGGAUACAAUGACUUGUGCUUUGUCAUCCUCGUUCUGGGGCUCACUCCAAACUUUGAGGCAGAGAAGAUCGAGCACACGGCCGAGCUGCCCACCACCAACAGCAACACCAAUUCACACCACUCCUACAGUCCCUACCACACUCACCAUCACCACCAUCACAGCCGCGCGCCAAUCGAGUACAGCGAGGACGACAUCUUGGAUGCCGCUGAUUUCGUGCAGCAGUACCACGAGACGAUCCACAUCAGCGCCGACACAAUGAUGUGGCUCGCUGCUCGCGCCAUCCCCGCGCAGCUCUCACACGAGGAUGCGCUGUCCUUUGCUGCCACGCACCCGGCGGGCAAGGUGCUGAGCGAACACGACCCCGGCAAGUUUGGCAGGGUGGUGCGCACUGCCCUCACCAACACUGGCGGCAAGGGCGCCAACAAGAAGAAGCGGGCUGCGGGCACAUCGGGCGCCUACCUCAAGUACAUGUCCACGCUGCCACAGGCGCAGGAGCACAUCUUCGACGUGUGGCUGAGCCAGCUACCAUCGAUUGGCAACGAUACAGACCACCCGCUCGCCACGGGUGCGACGAAGCUGGCAAAGUCGGCGCAACUCACAUCUGACCAGCGCGGGCGGCUCAUGCAGAUGCUCAUGAACAACACCAGCAGCAAAAUCUGCCGCGCCAUGCUGGACAGCCUCCUCACCACCAUCCCUGAAGGCAUUACCCAGAUACAGGCAUACACGAGCAUGUGGAGUGUGGUGUCGCCAGCAGAGGUGGAGGCAGGCAUGCGCACCUGGCUGAAGGAAGAAGCAACCGAGACGCGAACCGUCACUGUGGAUAGCCCUGACUCUGGCGCCACUGGUGCAUCGUCGUCAUCAUCGCGCGGCCCACGCACGUACGCGGCUGCGACUUCGCAUGGGUACAAUUUGCGCUCGGGCAGCAGCCGUUACGCCGGCGGCUCCUACGGUUACCAGCACCACCAGUAUCAGCACCACCAGCAGUAUCAGCAGCCACGCACCAAGACGGUGAAGGAGCUGAGUGUGUGCUCACUCAUCCGCUUCGCCACCACCAUCGAAGACAGAUUGCAGCAACAACUCGGUGUGAUCAGCAGCAUGCCAGCUGGCAGGGCGGCUGAGGUGGCAGCACGCAUGCACAAGUUCAAGCCCAUUUACCUGCUCGCCGGCGACUGUGUCGAAGAGAGCAACGUGCCCCUCGUCGCCUUCUUCCAGCAGCUGAUUUCCGCAUCGAGUGGCGACGGCGUUGUCUUGACUGUGGAGCAAACGACACCAAACCACCUUUUCGGUCUCGCUGCUGACCGCGCUGUUGCGCUCGCCCGGAAGCAUCGCCAGGCCGGCGAUAAGGACCUGUGUGCCCUCCUCAAGACCCUGCUCACAGCAACACACCCGGGCAGAAGUAACCACAACAUGUUCCGCCGCGUUGGCGUGGACAUGUUGUCAGAGCUCACCACCCCGCAAACCCUCACCGACGUUGCGACCCGCCCCGCGCUGUGGCGGCUGGUGCUCACCUCGCCCUCGCCAUACGAGUGGCAGCAGACGCUGCCGGCGGUGGCGGCACGACAGAUCCUGGCCCACGAAUACGAGGCGUGGCGUGACCUCGCCAAGACGCCAGCGGACAUUGCGCAGUUGUUCCCACCAAACCAGGAGCCAGGCGCGCUGCGUGACAACAGGGCGACACUCGCCAAUCUCAUGGGCAUCGUGUCGCCCAAAGGCGUGCAGGAACCGUACAUGCUGAUUGAUGAGGCGCUGAGGGCACGUGAUCGCCUUGCCGGGGAGAGCAUGACGGUGGAGAGUUUGCACCGCUACCUGUCGGAUGUGCUGCCGACCAAUACGUGGGUGGCCAGCCUACCACAGACGCUUGACACGUGGCAGACACGCCCGCUCAGCCAAGUCAGCGACAACCAUCGCUGGAACGGGGCGCUUGCUGUUGCCGACAACGGCCUCCUCCACGCCAUCCACCAGCGUGCAAUGAGCUACACAUUCCGUGCCUUUGUCAACAAGCAGUUGCACACUAACACAGACACGGGUGUUGUAACAACAACGGCAGCAGCAGCAACAACAGCAGCAUCGAGUGGUGCUGAGGGCAACACCGACGGCGAAGGGGAUGGUGACAACAACAUCAAUGACGCCGACAACGACGCUGACGCUGACGAUGAUGAUGAUGAGAUCAUGUUUCCGCUGUUUGAUGAUGACGACGACGAUGACGAUGCUGAUGAGGGUGGACCUGCCGUCGCUGCAACGGCACCACCGCCAUCACGGGAGGCCGUCAUGGCGCAGGCAAAGAAGGAGGUGGAGGAGACACUGGUGAAGACAACGGACCUGCUGGCGGAGCACGCGCGGCUGUUCAACCAACUCAGCUCCAACACACCGCUGUCUGAUCUUCACGUCAUGUGGGGAGGGCUCACGCGCGCACAGGUGGAACACGACAUGACGCUGCUGUGUACAGUGCUGACUCAUCCCAUGAACGCUGGCACAACGUGGCACGUGCAGGAACUGGUGAAUCAGCUCUCCAGCUACGUUGAUCGGCGCCACUAUGCACAGCGCGCAGAACAGCUUGGCCGUGUGCUGCAGGUGUGCCAGGACCUGCUGCAGCACCAGAGCUCCGAUCUCACCGAUGCCAUCGACGCGGUGCUGGCUGUGGACGACUCGCAGACACUCCGCCACCUGCACACGGCUGUGCAGGACGUACAGUCACAUGUCCCUGACGAUCCGGACGUGUGGGAGGUGCUUGGUGAGAUGGCCGACGCAGGUAACUUGCUCGAGUUCCUGCGGGAACAGGAUGGUGACGUGCGCCACUACACGGCGAGCGCGGAGGCGUUUGGUUCCGACGCAUACAUGGCCACAGCCGAGCAGGUCAACGCCUUCAUUUUGCUGCACUCGUUUAUGUUCCCGCUCAUCAACGCUGACACAAAGGCGAAGGACCUGGAGGACUUUCUUCGUCUUCUCAGCCAGCGCUUUCACCAGAGCCAGGGCCAUGCUGCAUCCUCCUCGGGAGCAACAUCAGGUUCGGCGUCGUCGUCAGCAUCAUCGGCGCGCCAGCCAGACCGCCUACCGCUGUCGCAACUGCUGCGCAUCUGCAACCAAGGUCUUGAGGCGCUGCAGCUGUUUGUGAAUACGCUGAGCGACCGCGGUGCCGCUGCCCGCGAACGCAUUCGCCUCGUUGUUGAUCCCUCCGUCGAAGGCGCACGCAUCGUGUUCAGGUGCGACUCGCUCCGCCAGACCGCAAGCUACCACAUCUGCAUCCGCCACAGGAGCGAGGACAUUGAGUUGUCGGAGCGCGACGUGAGCGACCUGCGUGCGCGCGCGUGCCUGCUGUCCACAGACCAGGACCAGGACGUGCGUGUGCACAUGCAGCGGUUCAGGGACUUGGUGGAAGGCGUCGAGUUGGCCAUGGCAGAGCUGAAGCAGCUGGCGGAGAGCGGACACCUUGAAGAGUUCAACUGCUACACGCACGCGAUGGCGGUACAAGGCGCCAACCUGAAGGACUACACGGGUGCGCUGCAGACCCACCUCCUGCUGUGGACGGAGCGCUUGAAGGAGAUGCGCGAGCGCUAUGACGUGCUCAACAUCUUUUCCAACCGCCAGCUGGUGGUGCUGUUCCAUGCACUCGUGCAACCACACGAGCACCACGAUGAGGAGCUGGUGCAGGAGCGAGACCAGCUGCUGCUGGCCAUGCUCGGUCCCCACGCUGACGUGCACCAGGUGUCGCUGUAUGUGCGCGAUGUGCUCAACAGCAUGGGUGCAUGCGAUGACAACGUGCACCGGCUGAGCGAGCUGCUGGCGAUGCUCAAGUCGCUCAUCGAUGCGCCGCCACCACGCGCCCUUCACCCCUCUGGAAUGAUUGACGAGAGCAUGCUGCCGCCGUUCCGCCACGCUGCCAAGCACGAUCUUGUGCGGGUGCUGCUGUCUGAGGACGAUCGCACGGCUGCCGCCUCCAUCCUCGCUGCAUUCACGGACGCCAACCUGGAGUACCUGCCUGCGCAGUGCCUCUUCUGCUCCGAGCACACGCGCGUGGCGAUUGUGCGGCUGUUCCUUGCCCGCAGCCAGGAGACAACAGACCUGCCGUUUGUGCUCGUGUAUCCGGAGCUGCUCAGCAUUGAAGCGCAGGCGGAGUUGAAGGAGGAGUUGACCAAGUGGGGCCACCGCUGCUCCAACCAUCGCUCCUCAAAGCCAUUCGCACCCGCUGUUGGCGAGCACGUGCCGGAGUCAAGCCGCCCGCUGCCACGCUUCACCGUCGUGUGUCGCCGCACCACGCGCAGUCGCCUCCUGCACGGCGUUGCGGGGCUGGUGGACGAGGACUUGACGGGGCACGUGGCGCAACAGCUGCUGGCCAACUACGCGCUGCACACGAGGGAGCACGGUGCUGUCACCGUUGUUGCCAGCGAGUACGCGCAGCAGGGCAAAUCCACCUUCAUCCAGCACCACCUCGCACGCCUUGCCGAUGGCGGCAGCAACGGUGCUGGUGAUGGUGAUGGUGAUGGUGAUGGUGAUGGCGACAGUGGACGUGGCAGUGGCCGUGUUGGGCGACGCGGGCCGCUUCGCUCGUCCAUGCUCUCACGCACGUCGCAAGCUACCACCGCAACUACCGCCACGACGAAAACGGGUGGCAGUGGUGCUGAUGGCGGGGACGACCUUGUGGACGACGAUGAAGGGGAUGGCGACGCAUCACCGACGCUCUUCUCAUCCGAUGACGAUGGUGAAGGCGACGAGUUUUUGGACGCGCUGUUUGAGUUCCCCGUGCCACUGAGUGGGCCCGUGCCUGCAGGCAUGGCGACAACAGCAACCCUCCCGCGUGACGCUGUUGCUGGCGAUGGCGGACACUACUGCACGCUGCUCGUCUCUGGGCAGGACACGUUUGACGUCCUGCACGACAAGCUGUCUCGCCUGCCGCUGAUGGACCCACGCGUCAAGGCACUGUACAUUGACGUCGGGGCGGCACUGAACAUUGAGGAUGACCUCAACAUGCAUCUGUUCCAGCUGCUGGUGCUGCGCUGCCUCUCGCGCGACGACAGGCUGUGGCACGUGCCACGCCACGUCGCAGUGUACGUUGAGAUUGGCAACACGCUGCACGACAGCUUGAGCCAGCAGCUCGCGCUCACCACCAAGGCCCCGUUUGCCGAUGAAGUGGCGGCAUCCGCCACACAGGCUGCGCCUGCACAGACGGGCGCGCCCACUGCCUCUUUUACCAAGGAAGUGCUUGGGUGGGACGCAAACAAUAUUCACGUGCCAACGGAUACGAGCUCGCCCAUCCAGCGUGCUUGCCGCUACCUCGACCUCCUGCACAGGGACCAGCUCACGGACGUGGUGUACAGGGAACCUGAUCUGAACGCCAUGGAUGGCAUUGAGCCGACACCGCUGAGCAAGGGAGACUGCAUUCGCCUCCUGACGCAAUACUUCCCGCGCCUGCAAGAGAACCACGCCUCCUUUGGCGAGCUCAACACCUUCCUCCUCGUCGCCGCCCAGCAGCUGCCGCGCAUGUUCACCAGCUCGUUCCUCACCGCCAACACGCUACAAAACUUCAUGGAGUUGGCUGAGGAGCGCGCACAGGAGAUUCGACGCGGCGUGCUGACGGCGGUGGUGAAGACGGCUCAGCGGUUCGCCGUGCCCUCCGUUGACGCCGUGAGAGACGCGCAGCACCAUCACCAGGACGCGGCAGGGACGGUCACCGAUGCCAUGCUGCGGCAGAUGGAGAGAGCCAUCACGUGGACGGAGAUGGAGCACUGGAUGCUGUGCGCUGCCAACGACGGGUGCGCAUGCCCCUUCUACUCGGACCCAAACAGCGUGCCGCCACAGGUGCGGAAGUACUUUGAGGUGCAGGGUGCGCCGCUCAAGCCAAUGGACGCACACUCGUCGAAAGAGCUGUUUGUGCGCAUCAAGCAGCUGUUGGGCCACAACAAAAACACAGAGCAGGGCCAGUACGCCAUGACACCAGACAACCUGCUGAAGAUGGUGCUGAUCUACAUCCGCAUAACCAACAACGUGCCGUGCAUUCUCAUGGGCCACGCAGGCUGCGGUAAGACGUCCCUCUUCAAGCAGCUGGCACACAUGUGCAGCGACGUGGUUUACGAACGGCCACUUGGCAUUCACGCAGGCACCACAGCACAGGACAUUAUCGAUUACGUCAACGCAGCCAUCACAAGUGCAACGACAGCUGCAGCGACAGGAGCGGCAGGCAACCCCGUGUGGAUCUUCCUUGACGAGAUCAACACGUGCUUGCACCUCGACCUGCUGUCCGACAUCAUUGUGCGCCGCCGCUGCGGCUCCCGCUCCAUCCCGGACAACGUCAAGAUUGCGGCUGCGUGCAACCCGUACAAGCGCCGUGACUGCCCAGCGCCAACACCAGGGCUGGUCACCACGGAGCGCCAGCCCAUUGACGCGCAGUCGCACCUCAUGUACCGCGUGCACCCGCUGCCGGAGGCAAUGCUGCCGUACGUGUGGGACUUUGGCGAGCUGUCCGCUGGCGACGAGCGGCUGUACAUGGGCAGCAUGGUGGACGGCCUUGGGCUGGACCAGGACGAGAAGAAUGUGGUGGUGGAGAUGCUGUAUCAGUGCCACGACUACCUGAGGAAGAAGACAGAUCACAUGAUCAGCUUGCGUGACGUCAAGCGUUUCUGCACGCUCUUCAAGUUCUUCAAGAAGUGGCGGCAGCAGAGGGCAAGGCUGCCCCGUGCUGAGCGACGAGAGCGCAAAACAGUCCUCGGAGGCCUGUCUGAGAACAUGCACGCCGCGUGGCUGUCGCUCAGCCAGUGCUACAUGGUGCGUCUCCCUGAAGACAGCAAACGUAUCGAACUGCUCGACCAGUGCAUUGCACACGUUGGUGCACGUCACAAGCGAGGCCGCGAUGGCAUUUCACAGCUCAUCCGCGAGGAGCAGCUGGACAUGGUGGAUCGCAUGGACAGGCGGGCACCGCAGUUCCAGAACUUGGCAGAGAACGCGGCCUUGCUGGAGAACACGUUUUCCAUUGUGGUGUCGCUGCUCAACCGCAUCCCCAUCUUCCUGAUUGGCAAGCCGGGCAACAGCAAGACGGUGAGCAUGAGCCUGGUCAACAACAGUCUUCGUGGCCGUGACUCGCGCGACCCGCUGCUCAAGCUGUACCCGGGCAUCACCGUGUUUGCGUACCAAGGCAGCGUUGAGGCGACGAGCGAGGGCAUCCUCCAGGUAUUUGCUCGUGCGGAAGCGUACCUGGACAGCGCCAACCAUCAAGACGUGCUGCCCGUGGUGGUGCUGGAUGAGGUUGGACUGGCCGAGUACUCGCGCCACAACCCGCUCAAGGUGCUGCACGCCAAACUUGAGCCGCCAGACGGCAGCGAGCUCCGUGUUGGCGUCGUCGGCAUCUCCAACUGGGCGCUCGAUGCGGCGAAGAUGAACCGCGCACUGCACAUCUCCCGACCGGAGCCGUCGCGGAAGGAUCUUUGCAGGACCGCAAUGACGAUUGCCAAGAGCUUCAUCGCCAAGGAGCACAACGUCGCCAACGUGGGCGACGUGUGGAAUCAUCAUCUGCCUCUUCCCCUGCAAACGGUGCUCACAGGGGUGGCCAAUGGCUACAACGCCUACAUGAGGCAGUGCAAGGCCGAGAACCGCCAGCCCUUCUUUGGCCUCCGCGAUUUCUACAGUGUAUGCAAGACUGUGUGCCGCAGGAUGGACGAGCUGAAUGCGAGCGAGGGUGUGGUGGCCACCGCCAUCAUCCGCAACUUCUCCGGCAAGCUCGGAGGCGACACCGCCCACAGCGAUCGACAGCUCUUCUUCACGCUUGUGCAAGAGCAGCUGCAGCAAGACAAUUGGCAGGACGUGUUUGCGCGCCACCUAAUGAUCGGGUCCGUCGGUCGCGCGGCGCUGUCCAUCUUGAAGACUUUCUCCAGCUUGGACACGAGCAACGCCCUCAUUAUCCGCGGCAGCCAGUUUGAGGCGGACGUGGUGAGCGAGGAGUACCCGUACUCUGUGCUGAGUCAGAUCAUCCUGAAGAUGGAGCAUGGUGGCGUGCUGGUGCUGGUGGACCUUGAUUCCAUCUACGGCAGCCUGUACGACAUGCUGAACCAGAGCUACACCAUGAUCAAGGGCCGGCGCAACUGCACCAUUGCCCUGGGCUCCCUCAGCAACCCACUGUGCCCCGUGCAUGAGCGCUUCCGCUGCGUCGUGCUGAUGGAUCGGGAGAAGAUGCAGACGUAUGACCCGCCCUUCCUCAACCGCUUUGAGAAGCACCUGCUCAGCUUCCCAGACGUGUUGUCGGAGGACCAGCGGGACGUGUGCAUGCAGGUGGAGAACUGGCUCACGCGCAUCGUUGCGCGUGGACAGGACACGUCCGCCGUGACGCCAAGGGACAAGGCGAGGGCCAUCCCGUGCUACAGCGACAACAUGGUGCCAAGCCUGCUGCUCAAGCACCUGGCGAGCAUGCAGGCCGCCAUGGGAUCGGGUGGGACCAAUCUGGCUGGCACUAGCGGCGGUGGCAGAGGCAGCAGCACAUCAGCUGUUGCCGCCACACCAACGGCGCCGAGUGCACCAGGAGAGGCCACCAGUGCGUGGCAGUCACAGGAGCCCGGUGACGAGAGCUGGCAGGAACUGCUGCAACACCAAGAGGAAGAAUUGAAAGCACACGUGCCACCAAGCUAUCUCCAACAGCAACAGCAACAGCAACAGCAGCAACAACAUGCUGGUGGUGCGACGGGAAGCCGGUUCCUGCGCGCAUCUCAGUGGCACCUGACCCCUGACCUGGCACAGCAGCUGCAGCAACGCAUCAAGCACAGCUUGAUUGACCUGAUGACGCUUGAGUUUUUGGUGUCGCUGACGCAGUUUUCGGACGAGGACAAGCAGCGCGUGGUUGACGUGUACAUGCAUGAAUCCUCACACCACUCCCUCACGGGCCUGCUCGAGUGGCUGCAGUGGUUUGGUGCUCCGUCAGGGGAUAGUGACGGUGGUGGUGGUGACGGACAGCAAGGGGCCAGUGUGCGCAAAGGCGAUUAUGGCGAUUAUGGCGAUGGUGGUGCUGGUGGUGCUGGUGGUCAUGAUGAUGACGACGCCGCCACUGAUGAAGGUGCCGCUGAAGACGAUGACGAUGAGAUGCUGGUGAAACCAAGCAAAGCGAAGAAGGCACGUCAGCAGCCGCUGCCGGCCCAGCCGCUGCCGGCCCAGCCGCUGCGCCGCCUGUUGCUGGUGACGCGCACCAGCAUCUUCUAUCCCUUCAGGGAGGUGUCGGAGUGUGAGAUUGUGCGUGUGUCCGACAUCAAGUCUGAGCGCAUGUUGUCGCUUGAGCUGCGAGAAGCACUGCGCCGCGCCGGCCACCACGGCACGGUUGUGGUGCAGCUGCUGCUCAACGAGUUCAAGCACCUGGCCAUGGUGCAGGAGAAGGUGGACGGCCUGCUGGCUGGCGUUGACCGGGAGACGCGCGGCGAUGCUGGUCUCAACGGUGAGCACACACAUGGUGGCCAGGGGUGCAGCCGCGUGAUUGUGUGCGUGCACAUGCACUCCAAGACGACGAGCCUCCGCAAGCAAGCGCAGGAAGUGGCCAUGCUGCAGACCAUCACCGCGUCUGCGGAGUGGGAGCUGCGCUACUGCGACGAUCUCGGCUCGCUGCCCUCCUUUGCUGCACAAGCCCUGCAGCAGGAGCAGCAUACGCAGCACGUGAGCGGUGGCGGUGAUGAUGUUGGCGGUGCGGCGAUGCAUGUGCCAGCUGGGCCAUCGGCGCCACCUGUUGUUGAGCCGACCCUCAACCUGAUUGAGCUGUGCUCGCACUCUCUGCAGGACGUGGUGCUGCGCCACGAUCAUUCGCUGCUGCACUACCGGCGCCUGAUCACCCCAGACGCGCUGUGGUGGUGCUACUCGCGCAUCGACUUCUCGCGCGUGCCGCACUGCCAGCAGCGUGCGCGGUCCUCAAUCGACCGGCUGCUGGCCGCGCUCACGUCCCAAGACCAGGAGGGCGAGCAGCUGUGCAUGAUUUUGGCGCACGCGGCGGCGCUGAUGCUGGAUUCCACCACGACGUGGGUUGCACAGCUGGCGCAGCAGGACAUGAAGCAGCCAAGCUACGCCACGUUUGGGCAGCGUGUGGUGCGCACGGCGCGUGAGGCAUUCCUGUCUGCGCUCGCACGCAUCAUCUUCAGCAUGGAGCAGCACCACUUUGUGCCCGAUGUGAGGCAGCUUGUGCCUGACGACGCCACGCGCGCGCUGCUUGCUCAGCUCGAGAUUUCCCCGCGGGCGUACGCCGUGCUCGCACUCGAUGCACUGCCGUCCACGGCGCGCGCAUUUGCCGCCAGCACUGCGCAGCACGAGCAGCCAGUUGUUGGCGACGAGGGCGACGCGGAUGACAUUUCGCCUGCAACCACAAGUGUGCUGCGUCCCGUGUCACUGCGGCUCCCAGAAACGCAUCGCUGGACGAUGAUGACGUGGACGACAUGGACGAGCGACAUGGACGAGCGCGAGGACGAUGAUGAUGACGAUGAUGUGGACGAGUUGGAUGCGAAUGGCGAUGAUGACGAUGACGGUGACGAUGAUGAUGACGAGAGCGGGAACGGGUUUGGUGACAUGUCUCAGGUACACAACGCAGCUGCGGUUGUUGGGCCGUUGUUGCUGGUCGACUGGGUGCGCUAUGCCAACAUCCACGUUGGCGCCAACGUGCUGGACAUCUGGCGCGGUCUGUGCCUGUGCUUUGGGGACGACAUCAGCAUCACCUCCGAUGAGCACGUGUUUCAGGUGCUGAAGAAGCUGCAGGAGAACGAGCAGAUGCUGUACGCGUUCUUCAGCCUGCUGUCAAUUGCCCGCCGCUCUGACGCACGCGGUGACGUGUUGCAAGUUGCCCUCAACUCCAUCAACAACACCAGCAUUGGUGGUGACCACGCUGAUGGCGAUGACAAUGAUGCUGAAAGCAGUCCUGGCCGGCCCACGGGCACAUCUGCCAUCGUACACGGCAUCUGCGAAAGCAUCGCACUGCGCUUCAUCGCUGCCAUCACCCGCCAACAAGACGACGACGACGAUGAGAAUGAUGAUGCUGAUGAUGAUGACGAUGAUGAUGACGACGAUUACAGUGGUGACGAUGAUGAGGGUGAGGAUGAGGCCAAUGAAGCCAUGGGCAUGGUGUUUGCUGCCCGCGAUCAACAGCUGCACGCCGCAACAGCAACGGGGUCGCCGUCGCAGCAGCUGCUCAGGUUCUUGCAGCAGAGCUUUGACGAAGACAAACCACUGUGGUCCGUUGGUAGUGAGCGAAGGCGCCUGGUCUCCGACACGGUUGCGCUCUUCAGCCAGAUGCUGCACCUCAACUACGCGGAGAUGAUGGCACAAGAGCAGCGCACGACCCUCGCCCAGCUGUGCCGAAUGGUCACGCAUGCAGCGAUGACAUUCUGCCCCAUCUGCCUCGUCACUGCCGUGAACGUCAGCACAGAGUGCGGCCACAGAUUCUGUCACCAGUGCAUUGUUGAAUGGGCCCAGGCGAGGCGCACGUGCCCGUCGUGCCGCCGUGUCCUCAACGUGGCCAACCUCACGCCCAUCGAGAGCGAAGAAGACGAUGGUGGUGCUGGUAUUGGUGGCCAAACGAGCAACCACUUCUGGCUGCCGCACGUUGGACACGCUGUCCACACGGCUGUGUUGCACUUUGCAGGCGGUCACCGUGAGGUGCACGAGCUAUUCCAGCAAGCGCCUGGCCCCUUGUUUGAGGCACUGAGCGCGGUGAUGUCUCACGACAACUUUGAUGCAACGCAGAGCCCGCCCAUGCUCGUGCUUGCCGUUGACGUGCUGGAGCGUUUUGUGGUCGAACGCGCCAUCAACGGCUGCAGCCGCAUCGCCAUCUUGCACAUGGAACACCACCUGCAGCCGUGCGUGAAUGCGGUGCAGGAGGUGAUGAGCAAUGUUGGCGACGGUAUCGGUGGUAUCUCCCCGGCGCAGGCACGUGAUGGCGUGGUUGGCAUUGCUGUGCUGCGUACGUGCGUGCGUGUCAUUGCGCGAGCCCUGUUGAACCACGACGUGGCCGAUUUGGAGGCGCUGACUGACGUGCUUCCGGUGCUGUUUGGAGGAGACGAUGAUGGUGACGGCUUUGCCAGCGGUGUCAACGACAGCAUGAGCGUGAUCCAGCGCAUGCGCCUGUUCCUGCUGCAGCUGCUGAAGCAAGGCCGCAGCUUUGCCAAAUUGCGCACUGUGCUGGUUGCCCUCAUGGACUACCUGCCAUGGGCAGGCUCACUGCAGUGGCCAGACCUCGACCAGCAGCCGGUGCCGUUCAUCCCGUUUUCCGUUGUCGACGCUGCCGAGGAGCGGCGGCAGUGGCGGCGCCUCCGCGCUGCUGCCACCCGUCCAGCACAGGCGGCUGCGUUUGAACUUGGGCCGCGGGCCAUGGCCACCCUCAUGAUCCGCCUGCACAUGCGGCAGUGCGACGCGGCCUUCCGCGACGCCGUCGUCGGCCAGCCCGCGCUCACCACGCACGAUGCAGCCGCGGAGAUUGCUCCGCUGCUCACUGUCCUGCCGUCCGCGGACGUGUGGACGCGCGGUGCCCCUGAUGGCUUCACGCCGGCUGAGCAGGAGGCGUUUGUGAGGCGAAUGCAGCACACGCGUGUGCUGGUCCUGCGCCUGGCCUGUAACGUGCUUGAUGCUUCGCUGGAGGGCCGCCGGGCCGGUUUCCUGGACACGGUUGUGCGCUCGCCCGAGCAGUGCGCACAGAUGUUCAUCCCUGCCGCUGCAGAUGACGACACGCUGGCUACCCUGUCUGCGGUGCAGGACAAGACGCGCUUCUACCGCUGCCCGUGUGGCGAGCCGUACGUCGUGGGCAACUGCGGCCAGUUCAACGGGUCUGGGCGGUGCGCGCGCUGUGGACAAGCCAUUGGGCGCGGGGCGCAGAACCAAGGCGCCGUGAACCAGCAAGGGCCCAUGCAGCAGCAGCAGCGCGGAUACGUGCCACUGCCGAUGUUGGCCUUCCAGCGGGGAGCGCAGCCAACGCGCGGGCUUCCCCCACGUGCCGCUGCCGUGCUGGACCUGCUGGUGCAUGCUGGGCUGCUGGCUGCUGCGGCGCAGGGCAAGGUGGAUGCUGUGCGCGAGUUGGUGGGUACGAAACUGCCACACAUCCCGGAGAACAGCAACACCGCGGACGUGUGCUAUGCGCUGCUGCGCCGCCUGGUGUCCGUGUACGAGCGACUGGAGACGACGGUGGCGGCGGACACGCGUGCGGUGAGCGGGCUGGUGCACGCCACGCUGAACCAAGUCAUGGACGACGCGACGGCGCUGCUCUCUGCACCCAUGGCCAUUCAUCACCAGCGCCAGACGUUUGAGGGCGCCUUUGCCGCGCGCGUUGAGGCCGUGAUGGGUGAAGAACCGCAGCAGCGCGGCGCCGAGUUUGUGGACGCGUUGGACCGACACCGAGAAGCAGCGAGCAACGUCCUCACACGCCAAAUCCUGGAGCACAGGGGUGCUGACGCUGGUGCUGGUGCUGGUGCUGGUGCUGGUGCUGGUGGUACUGAGGAUGCAAGCGGUGGUGGCGCCGAUGGUGGUGCCGAUGGCAACGAUGAGAAUGAUGAUGAGAACGAUGACGAUGAGGCUGAAGCGCAUGAUGAUGGGGACGGCAACGAUGGCGGUGUGUCGCAGGGCGCGUUUGCGUCGUGCUGGCGAUUGGCGAACCAUCCCGAUGCGCGUGCGCUGAUGCAGGCGUACUUCAACAACACGACAGCGCAGCAGCAGCACCCGCUCAUUCACACCUGUACGCAGCAGCUGCACGUGCUGCCGCUGUGUUCUGCGAUUGUGCCGCUGGUGGCGUGGUACACGCGCGUUCGCCUGCACUUCCAAGGCAAAUUGGCGCGCGACAAGGUGCAGGGCGAGGGCGCCAUGACCCACGCGCAAGCAGUUGCAGAGAUGCAGGCCGCUGGCGUGGAGGAUGCGCAGAGCCGCUUUGACGCGUUUAUGGCGGCGUGGAACCGGAUCGUUGCGCACCAGGCGCUGUUGUUUGAGGGCGAGACGAUGACAGAGGACGGGUCUGUUGUGCGGGACGACGAGGCGCCCCACGGUCGGUUCGAAUGCGAGCCACUGCAGCCCUUCCCGCCCAUGUCGCCUGCAGCGCCACUGGCGUAUUCGCUGCUCUCUGACCGGGGAGAGGGGUCCCGCCUCUACAUCAUGCUGCACCAGCUCACGCACGUGCAGAACCAGCACAUGGACCGGGUGGUGAACCUGUGCGAGCCCGGUACUGCGGCGCACCGCGCUGUGCAGCAAGGGCCUGCUGGCCAGGUGCUGGUGCAGAGCGUGGACGUGACCAAGGCGAGGCCGCACCAGGUUGUCUCUGUGGUUGUGGACGACGGUGUGGUUGCGCACGCGUACGCGCACACGGCGCUGGGCCACGGACGGCGCACGAUUGUCAACUGGCAGGCCGUGGAGGACAUGGUGCUGCAGCACACGUUUGUCGGCAAGGUGAAGUUUGAGCGUGUUGACCCGGCCAAGUGCGGGUUCCUGUUUGGGCAGGAGCAAGGCGUGCCCUUCCUUGAGCUGUGCGACCGGCUGUUCACGGCGCACAAGCAGUACUGCCGCGCCAUCACCCCCGAGCGGGUGCGGGCCAUGAUUGAGUCGUCCAACUUCCAGCCGUCCAUCCACGACCUGCGCAGCAAGCUGGAGGUGCUCAUGUCGCAGCUCAACGACCACCUGCUUGGCAUGGGCGGCGACGCGUCUGGCGUGGGCAACUUGCUGUGCAGGACGACGCUGGCCGAGUUUGUGCUGAUGGCGCGGCCGGUGGAUGCGACGUCGCUGGCGCUGCUGCAGUCGUGCGGGUGCCACGACCUGGCAGUUGGGCAGCUCUUUGCGCUCUUUGAGCUGGUGUACGAGCAACUCAUCUUCCAGGAGUCGCGUGGGCACACGCCGCUGGAGGACGAGGCCGAUGGCGCCAUUGUUCGCGACCUGGGGGAGGCGCAGCGGGCCGAGCGGUUUGUUCCUGCCGCGGUUAUGCACACGCUGCGCCGGUUCUACAUCACCCACUACGCGCAGUACCAGCACAUGGGUGACAUGCCGCUUGCCGAUUUCUGGGGCAGCCUGAUUGAGGAGCCCGUGUUUGUCAUGGACGACCUGGAGAACCCGCAGCAACAGCUGCAGCUGCCAGACUCGCUGCUCCUGCGUCACGUCGUGCCGCUCUACGUCUGGCUGAGCGCGUUGUCAUGUCAUACUGGACCUUUCAAGGACAACCUCGUUACCCAAGUGUGUCCGGAUGCCACUGUCGCGAAUGGCUUUGGGUUACACACGUCUGCACAAGGUACUGAAGGCUGCCCUCAGCACGGUGUGGAGAAACCAGAACACAGACCAAAGAGGCCUACACCAGUCACUGGUGUGCAGAAGGUGGACGUAGAUCCACAAUUGCUUCACGAAGAUUUGCAGCACUCUCAAUCUGCAACCCAAAAGCCGCUCGUAUUCUUCCGCCAUGCAACGCAGCCUCUACACGCGUCCUGUUCCGAAAGGCGAGCGCCACGAUGCGACACAAAACCGGAUCGACUUGAAGAAUACAUGGAACAUUUCUGUAACCUCAACCUGGACCCCGCUCGCUUCGCUCGAAAGAAACGUGUGAGAGAUGGCACUGGCAGUCCCAUCAAGGGCACAUUCAGCAAACUCUAUCGCAGCACGUUUGCUGGCCACGACGUUGCGCUGAAGGAAGUGGACGACGUUGAGCAUCGACCACGGUUGCGACAGGUGCUGUUGAUGGCGACCACAAUGACACCAACAGAAGCAAUGACAGAAUUGCCGCUGCAAGCAGGUGACAAGCGGGUUUUGCGAGAAGUGGCCGUGCUUGCUGCACUCCGUCAUCCCAACAUUGUCACUUUCAUUGGCCUACUUCACGACAGCCAACACAGCACGCUCUCCUUCGUGCUGAGCUGGGCGGAGAACGGGUCCCUGUACGACUACAUCCACGUGCACAAGAAAGAAAUCAGCGACGUCGAAAAGCUGCGCAUCUUGAACGAGGUAGCUGCUGCCAUGGAGUUUCUGCACGCCCACGAUGUCGUGCACCGCGACCUCAAGUCGCCCAACGUGCUGCUGGACGCAUCGCUCUCCGCCAAGGUGGCAGACUUUGGCCUGAGCGCGUUCAGGCGUCCUGGGCAGUCGCAACUAUCAAAAGUGAUUGGCACUGAGCUGUGGGCGUCCCCAGAGCAGCUAUUCGGGCACACACUUCGAGCAGACACGGAUGUUUUCUCGUUUGGAUGCCUGGCAUGGGAGUUAUGGACGAUGAUUCGACCUUGGCACCAUGUCACCGCUGAUAACCCUGUAGCUCGAGUGGAGAAGCUGAAAGAAUUCUACAGGAAGGCAGAGUACCUCCCACUUUGCGAAGAAGUCCAAGGGCGACGACUAUCGGCAACGCUUCAGGAGUUGCUACGUGGCUGCUUUCAAAUGAGUGGGAAUCGUAUUGACUUUUCUCAACUCCAUGCCGCUCUGAAGGCACAUUUCAAGGCAGCGACCGAACAGCAGGCUGAGGACGAGGAUAAACAGAAACAGCUCAUGGAUCAGCAGCACUUGCUGUUACACGGACCACCAAAUGCGGUGUGGAAGUUUCCACAGGAGCUGCUUGACGCGGUGGACGCAACGAAGCUGUCGACCCGCCAAUCCGUCCGCAUUGCACCACUGCAACUCGGCGAUGAUGCCGUCAUCAUUGAGCUUGUUCAUGCUGCUGGUGGCCGGACCGCCAAGCAGAAUCCGCGCGAACCGUUUGGCUGCACGUUGUGCCGCGUCGCCAUCACGUGGUGCGACCAGAAGCUCGUCGCCUUCAAAGGCGCCCUGGACCGCAACACUACCCGCUACCGUGGUCACCUCGCGAGCACCAGCCACCCGUUUGCACCUAAGUAUGGCCACGACACCACCACGGGCCAGGCGACAGAUGCUGAGGAUCACGCGCUAUUGAAGCGCGUCACUCAUGAUGGCGUCUACAGAAUGCUUGAUCCAUCCUUGCUGCAGCACAACCCACCCAUUCGAAUUCAGCGCGUGUUCCACGGUGUUAGGUCUUUAGACGCCGUUGUCGGCAUCCUGGGUGGCGACUUUGUUCAGCUUCAGACAAUGGACAGAGGAUGGUACGGUGCCGGCUUCUACUUCACCCCAGAUCUCGACUAUGCCCUCGCCUACACCGGCAGUGGGUGUGGAGUCGAACCAGACAACAGCAAUGUCCCGCCUGAUCUGAGCUGCCUCAAUCUUGAGCCAGGCAAAUCCUAUCGGAUUGUGCUGGCGUGCGAUGUCAUGUAUGGCAACCCGUAUCCUGUGACACACGACAGCCUACAUCCGGCAUUCUCGAAGAAAGCGAAAGAGAAGCCAGAAGAAUUGCCGGCAGCGCGAUGGAUGACGUUUGCUGGCCAACCCCUCGUUCCCGGGCACGAUGCUCAUGUGACCGUGGUCAACUUUACCAGCGGAGCUGUGAAAGAGGUCAAGGUGUUCAAGUCGCACACAGAGUGGGCUCAAAGUAACAACAAGACAGCUGCGGAGAUUGUGGUGGCCGACCCAUCGUGCGUUCUCGUCCGCGGAUUGCUCGUGUUUGAGUGCUGA